ACCUGAAGACAUUGGCAAAGACCCUCUGGUAAUUGGCAAGCAAGUUAUGGAAAUAAGGCACUCCCUUAAAGAGUGCCGCGCUCUGACUGACAAGAUUUGCACCUCAGCCAGUGAACGGCUCCAUAGGACUGUGUGGGAUCACCGCAGCAAAAUCCCCAAACAAAUGGUAAAGUUCUCAUGUGGAGUUGAAGCAGAAUUAAGAUUCAAAACUGUGUUCUCAAACCUCAUUCAUACUUUUGCAAAACUGACACGUACUCCUGCUCAUUUAAACGACAUCAAGAUUAUUCUUUACAAACCAUCCGACAUGGCAGAUCAAUCAAACGCAUGCAAACGUGACCCUGUACAUUCUCUGGUGGCUCUGGAGGAUGAUGGUGAAGAAGCAGACUGCAUGCUCAGGCUUUAUAACCUACAGAAAUGUCAGAACAACAUCAUCAUUAAGGUUGAUCUGCAUUUUACAAAUCUUGAUGGUGUCAGAAUUCAGGAGAGUUUGGAGCAUGUGAUACCCAAGCCAUGGAUUGCUAAGUUAUUCAACAGGACAAAUCCACUGUGUUUGUUGAGAAGGCAUAAAGCGGAAGAUGUGGAAAGCAUGCCUACCAUGGAAACACAGAUCAGUACAGACUCCUUGGACUCUCAGCCUGGAGCACAUCUCAAAGAUGCUGGGGAAAUGCCCUUAAGUGGUCAGUCAAAAUCCAGCAGUGAGCCUGAAGAGAACGAUGAAAGUGAUAUAUUACCUAUCUAA